AUGACCACAGUCGCCUCUGAAGCUAGACCUCGUCCACUCAUAGAACCUAUCCAAACUUCAGGCCCUGGUCUCAAUGUCCGAUCUUUAAGAUCCCGUAUCCUCCAGAAGAGUCCGUCAUGGACCCCUUCACCCCUAUCACCACACAGUCGACCUCUUCCACAACUUCGAGAACCCAAAGAUGAUGAUAUGGAGCAGGAUGUUGAUACAAAAGUUGAUCAGUCAGAACCCCGAAAGCGUGAUAUUCCCAAGCUUGAGUCCGGUUUACGCAAUGUCUCCUUGAGACCGAUUGCACCUCUUUCUCUCCAAAGCCCAGGCCCCAGCACUUUGUCGUCUCGGCCCUUUCCCCUUUCUGCGCCACUCCUGGCUCCUCCCGUCUUUCAAAGGCCUACUCUAGCAGAUGAGACAAGGAGCAUGCUGCUUCAGGAGUCAGAUGCAGAGCGAGGUAGUGAAUCCCCUCAUGUCGACUAUGAGCGCCGACAAUCUGCCCCUGGUGGCCCUCUUCACGCCAGAGCCAUGCACCUUGCUCGACAAAGAGAGCAUCAUCGUCGGCGAUGGAUCGCAGCUUCGCACAGAUCUCGUGAGCCUGAGGUAUUUGUGCUACCUGUUGAGCUUCGUCGAUUGUCUCAGUUAUCUUCCAGUGAUGCAGAAGCGUCCUCGCCCUAUCCUUCAGAGAGACGUUUGACUACCCGUGUGGCUGUUCAUUCGCGUGGCCGCAAGUCAAUUAUACUCGCUAGAACCUUCGACUUGGAUGAGUUACAAGCUACACUUCCAGUGGUGAGCCCUCUUGAACGACAUAAAGAGAAUAGGCGUGCAUCAGUUGUCACUCUGCAACCUCCUUCUGUCAGCUCUCGAGCAUCCUCCCCCGGAGUCUCUCACGAGAGACGUCAUUCCCACGGUGUUCUUCCUAGAGUAGAUGCAAAGCCCUCGCCGGCUUUUGAGCGCAGAGGCUCCCGCCAAGGUUGCGGCCCUGUCUCUAUACGUCUCAGCUAUGCUCGAACAUACCUUCCAGUUCUGGCUGCUGUCAUUCUUUCUGAGCACGUUCGUCCUGGCGACACGGUUGAGCUCCCCCUCCCACAUCCUCAUGCUUGGGCGGACACUGUCGCACAUGUUUAUACCGGACGAGUCACACUUACAGAGCCCAUCAAGCAGAACAUCCUGUAUCUUGGAGGCUCAAUCUAG